AUGGUUGUUUUAAAGAAGAUCAAGAAAAACUUUGUGUACCUAGGUAAAGACGUACAAACGGAGUCAAUUGAACGUCCAAAUAAUAGCAAAAGUAGCGUAGUUGUUUUGUAUCAAGGUGAACAAUCAUCUGAAAGGCCAGAAACAUUUGCAAAACAAUCCUUGGAAGAUUCAAAAUCAAUUCGUUCCAGUCUGCAAAGUUCCGACAUCACUUCAGAUCCUUCAUCUUUUUUAACAAAAAUACCGAUCGAAAGUACAGAAUCUUCGACACCACGUUACUCAAUUCCACGAAAGAAGAUAACCUCGAGAAGAUAUUUACGAGUAACCAGACAACAAACUGACGCAUUUAAUGUAAAUAUUUAUCAUAAAAGUAAAGUGAUGCAAGUUACACCAUCGAUGAGAAAUUAUUGGACAACGACUAGUAAAAAUCGUUGCGAAGAAAAAGUAAUGAAACAAUCGAUGUUAUCACCAAGCUUGAAUUUUUUAAUGCAACAUAUGCAAACCAGUUCAAAAGAUAUUACAAAGGAACAAGUUUGUUUUAGUACGAACGAAAUUAAUGAAAGUAAAAGAGUCUUUCCAUUUCAACCAACUCCUAGUGGAAAUUUGAAAGUUAUUCCAAAUCAAGUUGUUUUUGAAUCGAAAAAAGUAAGCGUAUUAGUGGCAGAUCCACGUCACACAAAGGUUAACGUUAAAGCUGAACUCGACAAAUCUAAUAUAGACGUGAACAGAUCUAUUUCGGAUUUUUCAACUAGGCAAGGAUUCAUCGAUCUUCCUCCAGGAGUGACACCAUCUGCCAUCAAUCAUUUACAAGUUCAUAAAAAGUUAGCUGAUAUACCAGUGAAAUAUAAACCAAGGACACAACCAUAUAAAACUAAAGUUCAUCAGUCAGAUAUGGAGAAAAACGAAUCGAUACAACAAACCACGUCUCACGAAGUUCAUUCCAUGCAUGAAGUACCACUCUCAUCGCUUGGUCUUAUGCAAGAGGAACCAAUAGAUUGGGGUAAUGUCAUAUUACCUGAUAAAACUGACUUGUAUCAAGAACUGGCUAGGCGUAUUACAAAUUACAAGAAUGCUGAUUGCAUCGUUAGAAUAGGUCAAGAUGAAUUUCAUUGUCAUCUUUUGGUACUUCAAAGUUAUAGUACAUUUUUCGAUGAAAAAAAUAGCAAAGAAAUUGAUUUAACCGAGAGUACUGUAACUUCCAAAGCAUUUUCUAUUAUUUACGAUUGGAUGAUAAGUCCCACCAGUGAAAGUUGUCAUCUUUUACGUAGAGAUAACAUUUUAGAGAUCUUCACGUCAGCCCAGUAUCUUGGCAUUAAAGAAUUAGAAGAACAAUGUUGGGCAUUUAUAGACAACGAUGAAUUAUUUUCGGAAAAUACUGCAUUUUUAUUAUACAUGGAAGCAAAGAAGAUUAAUAAUACAGCAGUGAUGGAAUUAAUGGUGCCUAGAAUAAUGAAAUUUUUUUUGAUACUUGUCAGUACGAAAGACUUCUUAGAAUUGUCCGUAGAAGAAUUAUGCCUUUUAUUAAAAUCCAAUUAUAUUUGUGUUAAUAGCGAGAUGGAAGUUUUAAUGUCUGCGGUAAGAUGGUUGAUGCAUGAUUGGGAAUAUAGAAAAAAAUAUAUGCUAGAAGUAUUGAAAUGUGUUAGAUUUGGAUUAAUAGCACCCUGGCAACUUGUCGAUGUUAAAAGAAAUCCGGAAAAUCCUGAAUUCAUUGAAUUAAUGUCUUAUCCGGAGGUACAGAAAAUGGUCGAUGAUGGUUUAGCUUUCGUCAUCAUCAAAUAUUGGUAUGGCAAUCAGACUGAGGAUUAUUAUCACUGGAUAGAUUUACUUGGUUUGAUAGAACCAACAAAUCGUAAUUGGGCUGGAGAGGAUAAGAAUUACGUGACAUAUCGAGAAUUUUUAUUAUACCUGGAAGAAUAUCAGAAGACAAAAAUAUCAGAAUUGAAGUUUAACAAGCAACAAACUAAAUCAAGUUUAUGUAAUUCAUUAAACAAGGAUUAUCAUCGUCAACCAAUUUGCCAACAAAGUCAUUGUAAUCGUGAAACAUUGAAAUCAAGUGGUCAAGGAAGUUGUUGUCCUCAGGCUAAUGUUGGAAAAACUUCGAAAUAUUGUACACCCAAAGUAUCACCGUGCAGUUAUAUACCUGCAGAAUCAUCAACAGGUUUAAUGAUGACACCAGAAAUGUUAAACAUGUACCUUAAUAAUUUGGAUAGAAACAACGGGAAGGUGGUGGUGGUGAGUAAGUCACCGACAGACUGCUUGCAAAAUGCAACCAAUCGAAGGAAUAAUAAUGAAAUACAGCAGUUUCAACAGGAAGAUUCUUUAAUAAAAAAAUCAUUAAAGAAAUGUAAAAAAGCUGCUAAUAAAUAUUCCCAUGAUAAGAUUAUUUAUUCAUCAAAGUCUGAAGAAGAUGCAGCUACUACGAUACAAGCCACCUACAGGGGUUAUAAAGUUAGAAGAAAAUAUGACGAGAUUAAAAAAACAUCAUCUGAGGAGAAACAGAAUGCAAAACAUUUGUCAACAUCAAUUGGUCAAAAGAUUUAUGAGCCUUUGAAACCAAUCAAAAUUUCAAACAGUUUGAUGAAUGAGAACAUCAAAGAAAAUGGAUUAGAACAAGGUUGUUCUAGUCCUCGAAAAAAGGAAAAGGAUAAUUUAAGGAAUCAAUCGAGACUUCAAUAUGAUACGAGUGAAACCUUGCCAAAUCAAAAGCAACCUAUGAAAACGUCUUAUAACAAUUUGUCAUAUUCAACAGACCCAUCUAAAUUAAUCAAAACAAUAAAAUCUCCAACAUUUUUCAGUAAUUGUGAUGAAAUAACUAAUUCGUUUUCUCAUUCGGACAAAACUGAACCUGACGAUUCAUUUUCUCCAAGAACCUGUACGAUAUCUACGAAUACCUGUAAUAAUGCAACUGUAAAAAACAAUUUUGAAAGAAAUGGGACUCGUUAUCAAAGUGGUGAUAAUACUGAACGAUGUUUAACAAAAUCAAAAGAAAUUCAAACUCGUGUAUCCAAUUACACGAGACCAUUACCACAAAGAUUGAGCAACAGCAUUUUAGGGUCUAACAUUGAAGGUUGCUUUUUGGAUAAUUCUUUAUUUUAUCCUGAUCGUGAAUCAAUCUUAAUAUUCGGUGGUGUUGAUCCACACGAAGAAUUUGGUCAUCCUGGAGCAACUGGUAAGGACAUUUAUAGAUUCAAACCUGACGAAAACUUAUGGGAAUUUGUUGGAGAGAUUCCUGAACCGCGACAUCAUCAUUCUGUAGUUUACCUUAAAGGUCGUAUUUAUUUAGUAGGAGGUGCAGAUCCUCGAGAAAAUAAUUUUCAAAGAAAAAGUAUCAUAGUUGGUACAGUUUGGAGUUACGAUCCUACUACAAGGGUUUGGUACAACGAGGAUAACAUGUUAACCCCAAGAAAAAAUUUUGUUCUCGUAGUAAGCCAUGGAAAAAUGUUUGCUAUAGGUGGUCAAGAUAAAAAUGGGAUAGCAUUGAGAAGUGCUGAAUCCUUUGAUCCAACUGAAUCUAUCUGGAGAGAAAUACAACCAAUGUAUACGGCAAGGAUUGGCGCUGCUGGUAUAAAAUAUCGAGAUUUUAUUUGGGUCGCUGGCGGCAUGACAAAAUCGAAGAAAGAAUUGUUCUCGAGGAAUGUCGAAUGUUACGACCCGGUUCACAAUUCAUGGUUAAAGAUAGAGCCAUUGAAUUCACCCAGAUGUUUUGCAACACUUUACGUCAUUUCCGAUUGUCUUUACAUAAUUGGUGGUGCUUCAACUACUGAAAAUAGUACAGAUAGUGUUGAUUGCAUUGAUAUUUGGGAUCCACAUCUUUGUGUAUGGAAAGAAGAAGCCAAAAUGUCGAUUGCAAGACACGGUCAUUGUACCGCAUCGAUAGGUGCCCAAUUAUUAAUAAUUGGUGGUGUAACAACGGUCUUCAUGAAGACUUUGAGCAGUGUUGAAUGUUAUUGUUGUGAACAGGGCAAAUGGAUAAAAGGUGUGUCACCUCUUCCUUACGCCAUUUCCGGUCACAGUACCGUAACAUUACCUCCAGCUAAUCUUUUAGUUAACUCUUGACAUUAGAUAGAAAGGGACUUCUAGAGAUAAAUCCCACAAUUAAUGUCUUUUUUCUAAUAUCGAAUUGAUGUGUGUA